AAAUAAGAGUUUAUAAAUUCAAUUGCUCCAAUAAAUUUUUUCAAAUGUAUCCAGAUGAUAUUUGUGUCGUAACUGGAGCAUAUAAUGAAAUUGAUUUAACAAACAAUCUAAUAUAUAAAUUUCCAAUAUUUGACAAUGAAAUCUAUAAUACAGCAGUGACAAAAUUAAUUCUCUCAGAUAAUCGAAUUUCAAAUUUUCAUGGUAUUUCGUUCUAUAAUAAUCUGCAGACAUUAGAAUUGAAUCGCAAUAGAGUUUUAUUAAACUUGACUGACGAGGACCUGAUAGAAUUGCAAAGUCUGAAGAAACUGACAAAAAUUUAUUUGCACAAAAGUCAUUUUAUGUGUAAUGAUAAUUUCAAUCAGUUAUUAAAUCAUAAAAUUUCUGCAAGUAUUCAACAAUUUCGAGAGUUAUCUUGUGUCGAUCCUUCAACUAGAGAACUGAAUUUUCCCUUUUCUACAUUAUAAAUAAUAUUUAUA